AUGGAGCGCGGAGUCGUCGUUCGGGCGACUCGGCAGCUGACAGCUCGCGCGCGUCUAAUGCGGAAGUGACACAGCAGCAGUCAACCAUGGUGUUCGAGUCUUUGGUCAGCGACCUGCUCAACAGGUUCAUCGGAGACUACGUGGAGAACUUGGACAAGUCCCAGCUCAAGAUCGGCAUCUGGGGAGGAAAUGUUGUCCUGGAGAACCUGAGAGUGAAGGAAAAUGCACUGAGUGACUUUGACAUCCCAUUCAAGAUUAAGGCUGGACAGAUCGGCACACUGACAUUGAAGAUCCCAUGGAAGAACCUGUACAGCGACGCGGUCGUGGCCACGCUGGACGGCCUCUACCUGCUGCUCGUUCCCGGAGCCACCAUCAAGUACGACGCGGCCAAAGAGGAGCGCGACCAGCAGGAGGCCAAGCGACGUGAACUGCAACGCAUCGAGGAUGCGCUGCAGAUGGCGGCAAGACGAGCGUCACAAAGCGGCGAGCUGCUCUUCAGUCUGGAAAGUGUUGUUUAUACGGAAACGCUCAACGUGCCAAAAGGAUUUAAAAAACAUAAAAAGCACAAAAAAGCUCUGAGGAAGUUGAAACGUGAUCACGAGGGCAAGUCAGAGAAACCUCAGGACGAGAAGAAGGACUCCUUCAUGGAGAAACUGGCCACGCAGGUCAUCAAGAACCUGCAGGUGAAGAUUAGCAGCAUACACCUGCGAUACGAGGACGAUGUGUCGGACCCACAGCAUCCCCUGUCCGUGGGAGUCACCCUUGCAGAACUCAGCCUGCAGACGACAGAUGAGAACUGGAAGUUAUGCAUCCUCAAUGAAACGGCAAAGAUCAUCUACAAGCUGGGCCGUCUGGAGUGUCUUUGUGCCUACUGGAACGUCAACAGUCAAAUCUUCUACCGAGGAUCACGGCAAGACAUUGUGGAUCAGCUCAAGUGUGGAAUCAGUUGCAAGGACCAGGAGCUGCCUCACUACCACUACAUUUUCAAGCCCAUCUUUGCUUUAGCCAAAAUCCGCAUCAACCCCAAUGCAGAGCAGGAACUGGACUCUCCAAAAGCCCAGCUGCAUCUGGAGGUCCAGAACAUCGACGUCCAGUUCACCAAACCUCAGUACGUGACCAUGGUGGAGAUGCUGGAGUCCAUAGACCGCAUGGUAAAGAACGCCCCCUAUAGGAAGUUCCGGCCGGACGUACCGGUCCAUGCCAACGCCCCCGUCUGGUGGCAUUACGCCUUCAGCAGCAUUUUGGAGGUUCAUGUCCGCCGGUCCAGCCGCAUGUGGUCCUGGUCCAACAUAAGACGGCACCGCCGGCACCUCAGGACCUACAAGACUGCCUACAAGACCAAAGUCCUGAGCCAGAACAAGUUGAGCCCCGACGCGGAGUGCAACCUUCAGGACUUGGAGAAAGUUCUGGACGUGUUCAGUAUCACCUUGGCUCGACAGCAGGUCCAGAUGGAGGUGGUGCGCUCUGGGCAGAAGAUCGCCGCAAAGAAGGCCUCGGGCAGCCAGAAGCAGGGAGGCGGAGGAUUCUUUCGCAGCUUCUUCGGCCGCAAGCCCAAGAAGGAGGAGCAGGAACUGGAGGAGAACAAGGAGACCGAGGGCUCAGCUUUGGAUGGCAUCAUGACAGCGGAGGAGAAAGAGAAGCUCUUCACCGCCAUCGGAUACAGCGGAAGCUCUCAUAACCUCACCUUGCCCAAAGAGUAUGUCGCCGUGGUGGUCACCUUCCAGCUGUUCAGGACCUCGGUGACGGUCAGAGAUCAGCCCCACGUGCCGGAGAUCCUCCAGGUCCAAAUGAUCCACCUCAGCACUGAAAUCUCACAGAGACCAGGAGCCCAGGCCCUCAGGGUGGAGGCGUCCCUGCAGCAGUGGAGCGUGACGGGCUUGGAACAGCGCGGCGGCGUUCCGUCUCUCAUCUCGGCGGCGGGCGACCCGGCCUCGGCGGGCGACCCGGCCUCGGUGUCUCUGCUGCGCGUGGCCUUCGAGCUGGCGCCCAACGACAGCCGAGCCAAUUACGUGGUCAGGGUCCACUCGCAGCCCGUGCAGAUCAUCUACGACGCCAUGACGGUCAACAGCCUGGCAGAAUUCUUCAAGACGGGCAAGGGGGUGGACCUGGAAGUUCUGACGUCAGCGACGCUUUCCAAACUGGAGGAGAUCAAAGAGAAGACUGCGGCAGGUUUGUCUCACAUCAUCGAGACCCGCAAGGUUCUGGACUUGAGGAUCGACCUGCGUCCGUCGUACCUUCUGCUGCCCAACUCCGGCUUCUACUCGGACACCUCGGAACUCAUCGUUGUCGACUUUGGAAACCUACAGUUUAACAGCGUUGAUGAGAACGUGCGCUCGUCCUCGUCGUCUUUCUCUUCUCUGGAGGAGAUCAUGGACCGAGCGUACGAGCGAUACUGCGUGGAACUGAGACGAGUUCAAGUACUUUACAGCAAGUCAGGGGACGAGUGGAAGUCGGCCCGCUUGCAGAACUCGUCGCGGCAGCACAUCCUGCGGCCGCUCCACUUGACGCUGCACUUGUCCAAGUGUAUGGUGGACAAGGACGCCAGGAUGCCCAGGUUGAAGGUUUCGGGCGAGCUGCCUCUUCUGCACGUCAAAAUGUCUGAUGAGAAGAUCCAGAAGGUUCUGGAGCUGAUCCACAGCAUCCCGCUGCCUCGCGGGCGCUCCACACCCUCGACGCCUGAAGACAAGGUGCCGAAUUUGGCCGAGUCACGACCGCAAGCUCUCAACCUUCAACCCGCACUCUUCAGCGUGGCUGAGCCAGAUUCAGACGCCAGCGAGAUGUCGCCGGAGGGCGAGAAAGAGCGCUGGGCUCUGGAAGAGCUCACCGACCUUCAGUUCAAGUUCGAAGUUCGAGAGGUGCUGCUGGAGCUGACGCGGCAAGCGAGCCGGGAGAAGACUGUGCUCGCGCUCAGCGUUCGUCAGCUGGGAGCCCAGGGGAAGAUCAGGACCUUCGACAUGAGCGUCACGUCGUACCUCCGGAGAAUCACGCUGGACUACUGCGACGUGCCCGACGGCGCUCCUCUUCACCUGAUCAGAUGCUCCGAGGAGCAGAGCUCCGACCUUCUCAAGGUUGACUUCGUCAAGGCGGAUCUCGGCGGGCCCAGCUUCCGGACGCUCUUCGACAACACCGAGCAAACUCUCAAGGUGGAGUUUUCCUCCCUGGACUUUCUUGUUCACGCUGAAGCGUUGCUGUCCACCGUCGACUUCCUGUCCAGCGCCGUUCCGCAACAACUCCUUUCCAGGCGCAACGCCUCGGCGGACGCCAGGAAGCUGACGGACAUAGGCCGGGGCAGGACAGCGUCCAAAGGCGCGAAAGACGCGGACGUGUUCAGCUUCAAGUUGCUGGCCGUGCUGGGAUGUUUCCACGUGGAGCUUUGCGACGGCCCGAGCAGCAUCGCCGACGUCCGAGUGCAAGGCAUGGACGCGUCGGUGCUGGUGCAAGCCAAGCAAACGGAGGUCUUUGCUCGCCUCCGAGACAUCGUUGUCACCAAUGUCAACCCUCAGUGCAUUCACAAAAAGGCGGUGUCCAUCGUGGGCGAGGAGGUGUUCAGCUUCAAGCUCUGUUUGUUUCCCGGGGCCACCGAGGGGGACAGCUACGGUGACACGUCCAAGGUGGACGGGAAGGUCACCCUGCGCCUCGGCUGCAUCAAGAUGGUCUACCUGCACAAGUUCCUCAUGUCGCUGCUGAUGUUUGCGGGCAACUUCCAUACGGCCAAAGAAGCGGUGAGCGCAGCCACGGCCCAGGCGGCGGAGAAGGCGGCAUCCGGCGUGCGGCACUUGGCCCACAAGAGUUUCCGCCUGUCCACGGACAUCAGGCUGAAGGCACCGCUCAUCGUGGUGCCGCAAUCGUCCACCUCCCGCAACGCUGUCCUGGUGGACCUCGGCCUCAUCACGGUGUCCAACAGCUUCUGCCUCAUGCCCGCCCAAGGAUUCUCACUACCCGCCGUGGUGGACAAGAUGGACAUCAGGCUCACGCAGCUCAAACUCUCCAGAACCACCCUGAGGAGUGACUCGUCUUUGAGCCCGGACAUUGAGAUCCUGGAGCCCAUAAACGUAGAACUUUUGGUCACCAGAAACAUGGCCUCAUCCUGGUUCACCAAGAUUCCCGGGAUGCACGUGCAAGGAGUUUUGCGCUCCCUGAAGGUGAGCGUGGGGGAGGAGGAUUUGGGUGUGCUGAUGAAGGUUCUGCUGGAGAACAUCAGGGAGGGAAGUCAAGAGCACUCCAACGUGAAGGACGACAACAGGGCUCAAGGUGACUUGCAAGAGAAAGUAGAGCUUGGCAAGCGGCACACGACGGUGGCGCCAUCACGACGAGGUAGCGGUGGCGUGGAAGAUUCUGUCACUAAUGGCGAUCCCAGUGACAACACUGUCAACAUCCUCAUCAACUUUGAAAUCAGAGAAGUUCUGCUCAGCCUGAAGAAGAAGAAGGUGGACAGCGAGGUCGACGCGGAACGUCCUUUCCUGGUGUUCCAACUUGCUCACCUGGGCAUGGACACUAAAGUGAGAAAGUACGACACCUGUGCCACCACAUACAUCAACAAGAUGACGCUCACCUGUCUGGAGUUCAAAGACUCCAACGGGGAUCCUUUGUGUCUGCUUAGCUCAUCGGCAGAGUCUGGAGCCGAGCUAGUCAAAGUCCAGUACUUCAAGGCUGAUCGCCACGGUCCAAACUUCUCCAGUGUGUACAAGAACACAGAACAGAUGAUCAACGUGACCUUCACCUCCCUAGACCUCAUGCUGCACACCCAAGCUCUCCUGUCCGCUGUCAACUUCCUGUCGGGGGUUCUGUCUUCAGGCGGUGGCGUGGCGUCUCCUGAAAGGACGAUCCGGCUCAAGACUGAAGAUGACAAAAUGACAGCCACGAAGUCCAACGCGUCUGCGUCACCAGAGCUUGGCGAGAUCAUCGAUUUGAAAGUGAUGGUGGCUCUGGGGGCCUUCAACGUCCUGGUGUGUGACCAGAGCAGUAACAUAGUGGACAUCAAAAUCCAAGGUCUUCACGGAUCCCUGUUGGCGCAAGGACCUCAAACUCACAUGUCGGCACGCCUGAGGGACUUUGUCGUCCUCAACGUGGAUCCUGCCAGCAUCCACAAGAAGGCCAUCUCCAUCGUAGGGGACGAGGUGUUCAGUUUCUCAGUCAGUCUGACUCCCAACGCCACAGAAGGCUCCGGGUACGCAGACACGUCCCAAACGGACGGACGGGUCAAGCUGAACGUGGGCUGCAUCCAAGUGGUCUACCUGCACAAGCUGGUCAUGGCGCUCCUGAACUUCACCAAUAACUUCCAGACGGCCAAAGCGGCCGUGACUGCGGCGACCGCUCAGGCGGCGGAGAGGGCGGCGUCCAGCGUUCGGGACUUUGCUCAGAAAAGCUUCCGUCUGUCCACGGACAUCAAGCUGAAAGCGCCUCUCAUCGUCAUCCCCCAGUCGUCCACCUCCUACUGCGCAUUGGUCAUGGACCUCGGUUUGAUCACCGUUUCCAACGCUUUCUCUCUGUUACCCGUUGAUGGAUGCCCUCUCCCAGCUGUGGUUGACAACAUGGACAUAAGGCUAACGCAGCUCAAACUGUCCAGGAACUGUUUGGACCCCUCUUCGGGUGGAAUCUCUCGCGAGCUUCUAGAACCAGUAAACCUGAACUUGAGAGUCAACAGGAACUUGGCCGCAUCCUGGUACAACAAGAUGGCUGCCCUGGAGGUGGACGGCGACCUCAAGCCAAUGAAGAUGGCACUGAGCCAGGAAGAUCUGAAGGUGCUGCUGAAGAUUCUGACAGAGAACCUGGCAGAGGCCAACAGCCUGGAGCCAAGUGGCCAGAGACCAGGAACCAGUCCACAGCUUCGAGUACCCGCAGGGCCUCAGACAGGUGGCGCCGAAAAGCAGGUGAGCUUGGAUGAAGAGCAGGAUCAAAUUCUGGAGUCCAUCAAGUUCAACUUUAGUAUCGAGUCUCUUGGAUUGGUUCUGUACAGAGAUGAACCUACACAGUCUUCUGACCAGAAGAACCAGGAGAGGCUCUGUCUAGGCGAGUUUGCACUCCACCUCCUGAAGGCAUCUGGGAAGGUCUGGAACAACGGUAGCAUGGAGUUAGGCACCAUCUUGACCAACUGCACUCUGGAUGACCAGAGGUCGGGAGUGGACAGGGUCACCUCGCGGAUGGUGAGCCGUCGAGACUCUGAGAGCUCCGAGGUGAUGAUCGACCUGGCCUACCGGCAGAGCGGCGGCGACCGCUCGAUAGUGGCCGUCCUGCAGAAACUGUAUGUGUGCGCCAGCGUGGAGUUCUUGGUGGCCGUGGCUGAUUUCUUCUUGCAGGCUUUACCGCAGCGGCCUCCCCAAAACACUGGCGGAGUGCCACGUGACAGGCUGGUCUUAAGACAAACGGCAGAACAGAGGACCGAGACCAAGACAGCGUGGCUGUCGAGAACGAGCGUGCAUGCGGUGGUAGUGGACCCGGAGGUGGUGUUCGUGGCCAGCCUGAUGAGGGCGGACGCCCCGUCCCUGGUGGUGUCCUUCCAGUGUGAUUUGAGCCUGGAGGAGGAGGAUGGAACCCAGACCCUGAAGGCCCAACUUAGGGCCCUCAAAGUCCUGGCCUGCCCCUUCAUUCACAACAAGGAGGACAAGACCAUUACCACAGUUUUGAGACCCUGCUCUGUUGUCGUGGAAACCAAAAAAGGUCCCAGCCAACCACUGAGCGGAUCCGUCACGGUGGAGGAGGUCAUUGUCAAGAUUUCUCCGUUCAUCCUCAACACGGUCAGCACCAUAAUGGCAGCCAUGACUGCCAGGCAGCGGUACGGCGACAAGACUGAAGACCGGCGAGAGGACCUCAGAGACCUGUGGAUCACCAAGGAGGUCUACGCCUGUAACUACUGGUUCCUGGGGGUGGACCAGGCCAGCGAGGUCACUGAGAACUUCAUGGGCCAGGAGGACCUGAACGUAGGCCAGCACUUUGGCGCCCAAGUCAAAGUUAUACAGGUGACCCUGGAGUCCGGUGUGGGUCACCGUACGGUGCCCCUGCUGUUGGCCGAGUCCUCCUUGAGCGGGUCGGCAAAGAACUGGUCCUCGCUCCUGCAGCUCAAAACCAACAUGACUCUGGAGGUGAACUACUUCAACGAGAUCCACGCCGUGUGGGAGCCGCUGAUCGAGCGCGUGGACGGCGGCGUACGCAGGUGGAACCUCCACCUGGAGAUGAAGAACAACCCAGUGCAGGACAAGAGUCCGGUCCACGGAGACGACUUUGUGAUCGUGCCAGAAGCGCGCACGGCCGUCAACAUCUGCUCCAGCGACGCCCUGAACAUCACCGUGUCACGCUGCGGCCUCGAUGUCUUGGGCAGCCUCGCCAAGGCGUUCUCCGAGGGCUCGGCGUCCACCUUCGGCCCGUCCAUGAAGGAGAAAGCUCCGUUCACCAUCCUCAACGCUCUGGGGAUCCCGCUCAUAGUGCAGCACAGCGCCAACUUGAAGCCGGCGGGCGUACCGCAGCACGGGAAACUGCACGAGCUGCUGCCCCAGCGCAGCAUGGACCUGGAACAUUCCGUGUUCGAACCCUCCUCUCGGGGGAAACUGUCGGCUCUGCAGCGCCAGGAGAGCUGCUUGUUCCACCUCACCAUCGUGCCGUCGGGCUACAGCGAGAUAGCCAACAUCCCAGUGGACAAGCCGGGCCGGCGGCUGUACAACGUCCGCGGGCCCUCGCUCCAGGAGGCCGUGUCGGUCGUGGUCCAGAUCGACGCCGCCGACGGCAACAAGCUCGUCACCGUCCGCUCGCCCCUGCAGAUCCGGAACCACUUUUCUGUGCCGUUCAGCGUCCUCCAGUUCUGCCCCUCGGCCCGCAGCCUGCAGCCGGUCGGGCUCGCCCACCCCGAGAAGGAAUUCCACAUCCCGCUGGAUGCGUACAGGCGCCAACUGUACGUUCGUCCGGCUUCCGGUCUGUCGUCCGAGUACGGUCCGUCGUCCACGUGCGUGUCCUGGAAGGAGGAAGUGCACCGCAGCUCGGAGGUGCGCUCGCAGCUGCAGUGCCCCCCGCUGGACGGAGGAGGCGGCGGCGUACUUCCUCUGAUGGUCAGCACGCUCGCCGCGCCCGACGCCCUCAACCACAUCGCCAGUCGCGGGGAGGACGACUGGGACCCGGCCUACGUCCUCCACCUGCGCCCCGUGGCCACGCUCAGGAACCUGCUGCCGUACACGCUCAGAUACAUGAUGGAGAAUUGUGCGGAUUCUUACGAGCUGGCGGAGGGGAGCACGUCUGACCUCGUGAACGCUAGCGUUUCCGGCGAGAUCGUGUCUCUGGUUGUGCUGCGAUACCAGGGCCGCGACUGGCACGGGCACCUGCGCGUGGACCGGAAGAUGCCCGAAUUCCUGGCCGUGUGCCUGACGUGCGACUCUGACGCCACCCUGACUUUGGACCUGAGCGUCCACGUGUCACCGCCGCCGGGGCGACUUCUGCUCUCCGUUUUCAGUCCCUUCUGGAUCAUCAACAAGACCCGCCGGGUCCUGCGGUACCGGACCGAAGACGUCAGCGUCAAACAUCCUUCGGACGUCAGAGACAUCGUCCUCUUCUCGUUUCGGAGGAAGAACAUCCUCAGCAAGAACAAGCUUCAGCUGUGCGUGUCCACCAGCUCCUGGUCGGACGGCUUCUCCCUGGACACGGUGGGAAGUUACGGCUGCGUGCGUUGCCCCGGCAACAGCAACGCGGACUUCCUGGUGGGCGUGAGCAUCCGGAUGAGCAGCUUCAACCUGACCAAGAUGGUCACCAUGAGUCCUUUCUACACGCUGGUCAACAAAUCGUCCUAUGAGCUGGAGGUCGGCGAACCGACCAGCGCCGCCACCAGGUGGCACUACAUCUCCUCCACUGAGUGUCUUCCUCUGUGGCCCGAGAGCAGUUCCGGAAAAUUGUGCGUGCGUGCAGUGGGCGCCGAGCGGGCGUCCGAGUUUUUCUUCUUCAACCGCCAGGACAACGGCACCCUGCUCAGCCUGGACACGUGCGGCGGGAUCGUGGUGGACGUCAACGUCUCGGACCACUCGAGCGUCGUCAGCUUCGCCGACUACUACGAGGGCGCGGCCCCCGCCCUCCUGAUCAACCACACGCCCUGGGUGGACGUCAGCUUCAAGCAGAGCGGUUGUUCCACCGUCCACCAGCUGAAGCCCGGCGAGGCUCGACGCUUCACCUGGGACGAGCCCACCGGGGUUCGGACGCUCAGCUGGAGCUGCAUGGAACAUUCCGGAGAGACCGACCUUCUCAAGGACGAGUUGGGUCAGUUUUCGUACGACAGCCUGUCCGAGGUUCACUGGGUGUCGUUCCUGGACGGCCGUCAGCGUGUCCUGAUCUUCGCCGAAGAUGUCGCCGUGGUGACCAAAGCCCGCCAGGCAGAGGAACUGGAACAGUUCCAACAGGAAAUCCAGGUCUCGCUCCAGAACCUCGGAUUCUCCCUGGUCGAUAACGGCAGCCGCCAAGAAGUCGCCUACGUCGGCAUUCCCAGUUCCGGCGUGGUGUGGGAGAUGAGGAGGAGGAAUCGUUGGAAGCCGUUCAGUCAGAAGCACAUCAACUUGUUGGAGAAGUCGUACCAGAGCGGCAAGUCGGCGGGCACGUGGACCAAGGUGGACGCCGACCUGGAGGUGAACCUGAGCGCCGCCGUCAUGAUGAUGCGGCGGCCGUUUCCCUGCCCGAUCCGGAGGAACUUCCUGUCAGGCAUCCAGGUGGAGUUUAAACGAUCCCAGCACCAGCGAAGUCUGAGGGCACGGCUGCAUUGGCUGCAGGUGGACAACCAGCUUCCGGGCGCCAUCUUCCCCAUCGCGUUCCACCCGGUUCCUCCUCCCAAGUCCAUCGCUCUGGACUCAGAGCCCAAGCCCUUCAUCGACGUGUCUGUUAUCACGCGCUUUAACCAACACAGCAGCGUCACGCAGUUCAAGUACUUCAUGGCGUUGGUCCAGGAAAUGGCAGUGAAGAUCGAUCAAGGCUUCCUGUCAGCCAUCUUGGCUCUGUUCACGCCUGCCGCUGACCGUCAGGCCGAAGGACAGAAGAGUCAUCUGAUCCAGAAAGAUGUAGAGCUCCUGCAGGCCGAACUGAUGGAAAGUUCCCUGAGUGACGCGUCGGGACUCAACUUCUUUGAACACUUCCACAUCUCCCCCGUCAAGCUGCACCUGAGUUUGUCGCUGGGCUCCAGCGACGAAGGCUCGGCCCAGGACGACGCCGCCGUCCAGUCGCUCAACCUGCUCCUGAAGAGCAUCGGCGCCACGCUGACCGACGUGGACGACCUCGUCUUCAAGCUGGCCUACUUCGAGGUCACGUACCGGUUUUACCGCAGGGAGAAGCUGAUGCGGGCGGCGGCGCGACACUACAGCGAACAGUUCUUGAAGCAGCUGUAUGUCCUGGUUCUCGGUCUGGAUGUGCUGGGAAACCCGUUUGGACUGAUCCGAGGUCUCUCCGAGGGUGUGGAGGCCUUCUUUUACGAGCCUUUUCAGGGGGCGGUCCAGGGUCCCGAGGAGUUUGCUGAAGGUUUUGUGAUCGGCGUGCGCAGCCUCCUGGGUCAUACUGUUGGUGGCGCCGCGGGCGUGGUGUCCAGGAUCACGGGCUCGGUGGGCAAAGGCCUGGCGGCCAUCACUAUGGACAAAGAGUACCAACAGAAACGGAGAGAGGAGAUGAACAGAACCCCCAAAGACUUUGGGGAGAGCUUGGCCAAAGGCGGGAAAGGAUUACUCAAGGGUGUCGUCAGCGGCGUCACCGGCAUCGUCACCAAACCGGUGGAGGGGGCCAAGAAGGAGGGCACGGCGGGUUUCUUCAAAGGCAUCGGCAAAGGUCUGGUGGGUGUGGUGGCCCGGCCCACGGGCAGCAUCGUGGACAUGGCCAGCAGCACCUUCCAGGGCAUCCAGAGAGUGGCAGAGUCCACGGAGGACGUGAGUAAACUUCGCCCGGUUCGACUGAUCCGAGAAGACGGAAUCAUUCGACCCUACGACCUCAAUGAGUCGCAAGGCUUUGACCUUUUUCAGCGUUGCGAGCUCAAGCAGCUGGAAGGCGAAGUCUUCCGCGAUCGCUGUCCUUAUCCCGGACACAGAAAGACCAACAUCAUCGUCACGAACAGGAGGGUUGUGUGCGUGAAGGAGAUGGAUUUUGUGGGUCACUUCAACAAAGACUGGGAGUGUUUGUUCGAAAACUUCUACGCCGCUCCCGACGUCAGCGGGACGCGCCUCAACAUCUACUGCAAGGAGCGUCCCAUGUUGAAACUUCCCAAAAAAGAGGCUCACGAAUCGACUCGCAGCAUCGAGCUGAGAGAUGAAAGCGCAGCACAGAGGAUGCUGGCGUCCAUCUCGGACGCCCGGGCGGCGCACCAGCAACGGCGCAUGAGCAGACAAAAGUCUCAGCGCUUCCUCAAAGCCGCCGGCAAGCCGUGACGCCGUGACGUCACUUCCUGUCUGCGACAUCGCCCACUUCCUGGGAGAGCGGUGAGGUCAAGUUUGGUUUCGGACUGCAGACGUGAUCAAGAGUCGGUUGUUUGAUUCGUUGACUUCAGUAUUUGGCUUAUGUUCAGAAAUACACGGGCGCGCGCACACACACUUAUUCACGCUCAUUUAGUGUGUCAUAAUCACUUUAUUUUUUGUAUUAUUUUGCGGGCAGUUGACGAAUGUUUGUGAGGUAUUGGUGGUCCCGUUAUUGUACUUUGAAAUAAUCAAGAAGUUUUGUUGCUUUGUGUGCGUGCGCCAGUCAAAGUAAUCGUUCAAAUCCACGAUGUUUCUCCCAAAUCCGAUGACAUUUCUGUUUACAUUUACAUGCUCGAAUUGAUUAUUAUCGUUGAAUGUUGACAUUCUUACAUGUGAACUGUGGUUCGGAUCAAAUUCUAAUUGUUGGACAUUUUUUCUUCAUCUGAGGCCUAAAAAAAAAAAAAAAAAAAA